AUGACCUCCUCAGCCCCAAACAAAACCCCCAUCGCAUCCUGCCUUGUCGUCGGCGGCUGCGGCUUCCUAGGUGGUGCCAUCGUCAACAGUCUUCUCCAAAAGCAUCCAAAGUGUCGGAUAACAGCAGCGGAUAUCCGUCUCACAAACCAGUUGGCGGAUUCCAAUGUCAAAUAUGUAACAGUCGAUAUCACCGACCUAUCUUCUAUUACCUCCGUAAUCGAGAAUGCGAAACCUGAAGUUGUGAUCCAUACUGCCAGUCCCGUGCACGGAUUGGGUAAGGAGAUCUAUAUGAAAGUUAAUGUUGAUGGGACGAAGAAUGUGGUUAAAGCUUGUGAGGCUACGGGAGUGAAGGUCAUGGUUUAUACAUCGUCGGCUGGAGUGGUUUUUGAUGGAAGUCCGUUGAUUAAUGUGGAUGAGACGGAGCCCUUCCCUAUUAUCCCUUACGAUUCGUAUAACGAGUCAAAGGCGAUCGCAGAAACCUUCGCUCUUGAAGCCAACGGCUCCAAUGGCAUGCUCACCACCGCUCUACGACCAGCCGGUAUCUUCGGUCCAGGCGAUCGUCAGCUCGUCCCCGGUUUCAUCAAUGUCGUCAAAAACGGUCAAACGCAAUGGCAAUUAGGCAAUAACACAAACCUCUUCGAUUUCACAUACAUCGACAACCUCGCCAUCGCCCACGUUCUCGCAGCUUCUGUCCUGCUACACCAGCAUGCUACCACAGGAGUCAGCGAUCCGUCGGUCGACCAAAAGAAACGUCUUGAUGGAACACCGAUAUUUGUUACAAACGGACAACCGGUUUACUUUUGGGACUUUGCGAAGGCUAUAUGGUGCCAUUAUGGCGUCUAUAACGCUGGUUCUAUUGUGCUCCCUAGGAGUGGGGGGUUGGUUAUUGCUGGACUUGCGGAGAUUUUCAGUAAGCUUAUGGGACGCGAACCGGGUUUGACGAGGUUCAGGGUCAAGUUUUCGUGCGCACAUCGUUAUUUCGAUAUUAGGAAGGCGAAGGAUUUGUUGGGAUAUGAACCAGAAGUUUCGCUGACAGAGGGUUUGAGGAGGUGUAUUGAGUGGUUUAAAGCUGAAGAGGAAAAGACGGCGGCGGCGGCGGCAUCAGAGAAGCAGUAG